AUGCCGUCGUACUUUUACCACCUGACUUUCGAACUCUACCCGACCUCUGAUCCUACGGAUAGAGGAGCUUCUAAAUCAUCUCCUACCGAGGGCAUCUGGCUACCCCCCCGCGCCACGAACAUCUUCGACGAUCUCCCCUCACAUCCUCACCGAGAAACAUCUACUCCCGUUUCGCGUCCCUAUUCCGCCGCACUCGCUACGGCACCACCACAUAAUCCACCAAGCAGCUCCUCUGCGAACCCCUCGCCGGGUGUUAUCGAUUGCGGGGCUGCUAGGAAGCCGCAGCAGGAAGACAAUCGAAAGAUCGAGAUUAUACCGGAGAGGCAGUGGCGAGAGCGGACCAAGAGUCUUCCACCGCCGCCAUCUUCUGCAGCUAUUGGUCCGCGGACUGCAGUGAGAGACUGGAGGUUUGGUCGCGUGAGAAUCGAGAGCAUCGAUUUUGAGCACAAGGACAGCAAGGAAGAACCCUCAACGAUGGGCGAUGCAGGUCCCAGUGCGGCUGGGGGUGCGGCAGAGAAUCCUAACGCCGCUGCGUUUGCGGCGCUGGAGCUUGGGCCGACACUUGGGGGUGAUGGAUCCUCUACGAGAGCGGAGUUUGUCUCCAUCCCAACGAAAAAUACAGAGGUUGGCUGGGGAGUUGUGCACUUUUACCGCGGUGAGGAGAUGCCGGCUGCGCGUUUGGAUCCUGCUGUUGGUUCCUCGGAUGGACUGAAUGAGGAUGAGUGCACGACGCUCUGCAUUCCGGCAGUUCCUAGCUACAUUCUCCCGGCGGAAUUCCUUGGGUUUGUUGGAGAGAAGUGGAGGUCCGAUGUUACCCAUUUCCGCAUGGUCAUGACAUCUCGCAUGAGUCGGUACCUGGUUCUAUUGAAGUUCCGCGAUAGCAACAAGGCCAAGGAGUGGCAGAAGGAGUUCAACGGAAAGGUGUUUAAUUCUAUGGUGCUUCGAGACUCCGACGAGGCCUCGGGAAGCAGAGCAGAGUCAAUCACGGGCACCAAUGGCAUCAUACACCCUCAAGCCUUUCCCACCGCCGACUCCCAACCUUAUCGAACUCCCAACAUGCCCCACCUAUGGAUUUGCCUCAUCUGCGGACACGUCGGAUGCGGAAGAUAUAAGGGCGGGCAUGCCAAGGAACACUGGAAGGAGACGGCACACAGCUUCUCGUUGGAGAUUGAGACACAGCACGUGUGGGACUAUGCGGGAGAUACCUGGGUUCACCGCCUCAUCCGGGCCAAGGGAGACGGCAAGGUCGUCGAGCUCCCGAGCCAUACUAGGGGAGACUUCUCGGGGGACGAUGAUCUUGUGCCGCGGGCCAAGGUCGAGGCCAUGGGGCUGGAGUAUACACACCUCUUGACCAGCCAGCUCGAAUCCCAGCGAGUCUAUUUCGAAGAAAAGAUAGCACAGGCAGCGGACAAGGCACACAAGGCAGCUCUCAUGGCGGAAAAGGCAGUGUCAGACGCGACCUCAGCAAUCGAGAAGUUGCGAGUCGUAGAAGACAAGUACGCCGAGCUCCGGAACGAAAUAGUGCCGAAUCUCGAAAAGGAUCUCGCGCGGGAGAAGGCGCGUUCUACGAAAGCGCAGGACCUGGCCAGGAAGCUCGGCAAGGAGCUGCAGGAGGAGAGGCAGAUGAGUAAAGGCCUAGCAGACCGUGUGGAACAUAUGAAGAAGGAGGAGCACGCGCAUCAGGAGCGGCUUAAGGAGCUCGAAGAGAUGAAGGAAACCAACCGCGACUUGAGUAUGUUCAUAUCGGGGCAAACUAGGUUGAAAGAGUUAGAGGCUUCGGGUCAGCUGCUUAGUGGCGAGCUGGCGGAGGGUACGGCGACGGUUGGCAGUAGUAGCCGGAGGAGGAAGGGCAAGAAGUGA